AUGGGAUUUGGGAAAAGCACUGCAAUUACAGUGACGAGAGACGUACGGCCACCGCCAUCAGGUGGUAAUCAGCAUGCACCUCGCUGGAUUCCAGCAGCUGGCCAGCUGCAUCCCCGGUACCAUGGAAUCGGACGAGAAAGAUGGCGAGCUAAUGCAUCUUUGGCACUGUUCAACUCGAGACGGGAAGAUGCAUCUUCCAAGGACAACGAGGAGUUGCAGGUGGGGGCAGAUGAUGGUGCAGCAGCAAAGAAGAGAGCGGACGCGGAGUCAGCCAUAUCUACUCGUCCACGUGUCGUAAUUUUAGUGGAAGUCCGCACAGCACCAGGUGAGGACGAUCCGCACCCAAUUCCCCCCCUCAUCCUACAUGAGAUCGAUCAGUUCUUCCUCGGAUUCCGGCUGCACCGAGCGGGAUCUGACACGGCGCCUGCCUUGGCCUCCCGACGUCCCCUCCGCGUUAUCCAAUCGCAGGGGCAGCCCCGGCCGCUGGCGGCGACGCCCAAGAAAUGUUUUAGGGUUAAGGAGGCAGCCGGCAAGGGCAAGAAGCCGACGACAGCGGAAAGAUCUGCGGAGGUCCGUCGUCCCAAAGUGCGAGAUGCCAUCUUAUUUUGGGAAGAGAAUUGCAAUCGCAAUGUGCAGAAUGUGUCGUCAACACGGCUACAAGAUGAGCGUUCUGAGCUAAAAAGAACGCAAGCUUCACUUGAGAAAGCACUCAAUUUAAACGCAGUAUACCGACAGGAACUGGCAUCUCGCUGUUCUGUUGAGCAAGACAAGGAUGAAACCCAUAGGCAGGUCGAGGAAGAAUUGGCUAAGGUGAUUACAUCGUUAACAGAAGAGGUGCCAUCCCUGCGACAACAGCUAGACGUCGGUAACAAAAAAGAAGAUUACUAUGUUUCAUUACUAAAGAGGAAGGAAGAAGAGAUUUGUCAGAUGGAGUCCCAACUGGACCAGUCAAAGAGACUCUAUGAAAGUAGACUUGAAGAACUGAAGACAAAGACUCAGAAUGGCUGCUGCUGCAGCAGCAGCACAUGGAUGAUUAGGAUGCAAAUAUAUUUAGUUGUUCUGACUUUCAGUCGUUCUUAUUAUCAGAUAGUGAUGCUUUGCAACAUUUCCAUUUUUUUCUUAUCUAAAAGUCAUAUUGUUUGUUUGGAUAGCUAUGGGGUUCUUUUCAUUGAUCUCAUGUAAUUUUCUAAUGUUAUUUAGUGUUUACAAAGUUUUAUUUAAGCAAAGAACUACAAUAAUUUAUAAAGGGGAAGAGUUAAGGCCUAGUAGGCUUUGAGAUCA